AUGGGUGUGCAGAAGAAAACUCGCAAAUUUGCGCAGGUCAAAAGAAUCAUCGGGCAACGAGACGCUCGCCUCAAAAAGAACCAAGAUACCAACAAACCCGCAGACAAAAAGAAAAAUGACGACGAUGUUAUACGAGAGGUACCUCAAGUCUCUUCGGCGCUCUUCUUCCAAUACAACACCGCUCUCGUCCCUCCUUAUAGCGUCCUUGUCGACACGAACUUCCUCUCCCACACUGUGCAGAAAAAGCUCGAGCUGCUACCAACAAUGAUGGAUGCGCUUUAUGCUAAGUGUACACCAGUAAUCACCGACUGCGUGAUGGCUGAACUCGAGAAGUUGGGAACAAAAUAUCGCAUCGCCCUCCGCAUUGCUCGAGACGAACGUUGGGAAAGAUUAAAAUGUGGACAUAAAGGGACUUAUGCCGACGACUGCAUCGUCGACAGAGUGCAAAGAGACAAGAUCUAUAUUGUGGCCACAAACGACAGAGACCUCAAAAGGCGAGUGCGCAAAGUGCCUGGUGUACCCAUCAUGAGCGUCGCAAGGGGAAAAUAUGUCAUUGAAAGAUUGCCAGACGCGCCAGAAAAGUGA